GGCCGGCCGCCGGGCACUUCCUGUGGAGGCCGCAGCGGGCGCGGGCGCCGACGGGCCGAGCGCCGAGGGAGCGAGCGAGCGACCGAGCGAGCCGAGCCUCCUGCCGCCGCCAUGGGCCAGAACGACCUGAUGGGCACGGCCGAGGACUUCGCCGACCAGUUCCUGCGCGUCACGAAGCAGUACCUGCCGCACGUGGCGCGCCUCUGCCUGAUCAGCACGUUCCUGGAGGACGGCAUCCGCAUGUGGUUCCAGUGGAGCGAGCAGCGGGACUACAUCGACACCACCUGGAGCUGCGGCUACUUGCUGGCCUCCUCCUUCGUCUUCCUCAACCUGCUCGGGCAGCUGACCGGCUGCAUCCUGGUGCUGAGCAGGAACUUCGUGCAGUAUGCCUGCUUCGGGCUCUUCGGCAUCAUCGCGCUGCAGACGAUCGCCUACAGCAUUUUGUGGGACUUGAAGUUUUUGAUGAGGAACCUGGCCCUGGGAGGCGGCUUGCUGCUGCUGCUGGCUGAGUCCCGUUCCGAGGGCAAGAGCAUGUUCGCAGGCGUGCCCACCGUGCGCGAGAGCUCCCCCCGGCAGUACAUGCAGCUCGGGGGCCGCGUCCUGCUGGUGCUGAUGUUCAUGACGCUGCUCCACUUUGACGCCAGCUUCUUCUCGAUCCUCCAGAACAUCGUGGGUACAGCUCUGAUGAUUUUGGUGGCCAUCGGCUUUAAAACCAAGCUGGCCGCCUUGACUCUUGUCGUCUGGCUGUUUGCCAUCAACGUGUACUUCAACGCCUUCUGGACCAUUCCCGUCUAUAAGCCCAUGCACGACUUCCUCAAGUACGACUUCUUCCAGACCAUGUCAGUGAUUGGAGGCUUGCUCCUGGUGGUGGCCCUGGGCCCCGGGGGCGUGUCCAUGGACGAGAAGAAGAAAGAAUGGUAACAGCGUCCUCCCUGCCUGGCUGGGGCCCGCGGCCGUCGAGGACUGGUUCAGGGUGGAUUCGAGUAACUUGCCAGCAUCUCCUGUACCCCCUUCCCUUCCCUCCCUUGGUAAAGGCACAGAUGUUUUGAGAACUUUAUUUGCAGACACCUGAUAAUUAAUGGCUAAACCUGCUAUGGACCCACAGCCUGGUAUCUGACCGUGUGGAGCCGGCCGGCCGAGGUCAGCGCCCCCCACCCCAGGGCAGGGCUGUGGCUUCUUGGAGUGGGCAUCUUGCUUGGCUGUGGCCUGUCAGCCCGGUUUUUUUGUUUCAUUUUUGGGGUGGGGACCUGGAAGCCGUACUGUGAGCAGAUACAUUUGUGUAUCAUUCAUAGCAGUCUCCCUCUUAUUUUUUUUUUUGAAGUUUACCUUUUUAGCUAAAACUACUCAAUGAUCAGGGUAGCCCAGCCCAACACCAACACACUGGUUCAGACCCGCACCAGUGCCUUCCCCGUGGUCUCCGCCCUGCGCUGUGAGCCUCUUAAGGGCUGGUGAGAGCGUUUAGAGAAACCCCAGACCCCAAGAAUAAGGCAGUAUUGGAGCGGCAGCCGAGGCUGCGCUUCGCGGCCAGGGCGUUCCUCGGAGAAGCGGCUGGGGCCAGUACGGUUUCCGCGGGGCGAUGCCUGGGAGUGCGAGGGGCUCACGGUGGGGACAAGGCCCUCAGAAAGGCCGCCCGGAGCCCACAGGGGCUGGAGCCCAGGCCUGGCAGCACGUGGGCCUCGUCGGCACCUGCGUGCCCAGCCAGGGAGCAGCUGCCGCUGCCGGCUGGGCUGGGCCGGAGCGGGCACUCAGACCAGUUACCUCAGGCCGACCGUCCCAGUCGUAGCCGCAGCCGGCCUGGCGCCCCCCGGCCCCGCUCGCUCCCCGGCCUCAUGAGGCCGCUGCUUGCUCAGAUUGUCUAUUUGCUAUGCUGAAUGCAGCCCCAAUUACUUUUUACGAUUUGUGAUGCCUUACCGAUUGGAUCUUGAUCCUGUAUUUAAAGUUUUCUAACAUUGCCUUACACUGUGUUUCUCUUCUUGGGGGCGGGGCCGGGAGCUCUUCUCGCUGUUCUUCACUCGUCCACGAGGUGACCACAGCCCGUGCCACCCCCGGGCCCCCGCCAGGCCCUCCGCGGUCUCUCAGCCUUGCCUUGGAGCAGGCCCCGUCUUCCCUGGAUUCAUCUGCUGGGGGUGUGAGCCCGACCCGAGGGCCUUCCCUGGGGCUUCCGGGGUCAGUCCCGAACCCGGAUCCACACGGACCCCAACCCACUCGAGCCCCUGGCCAGCUUCACAGGGCAGGGGGAGGCUGGCUCUUACCCACCAGAGCUGCUAGAACCUUCCCUACGGUCUGGACCCAGCUAACCCGAGGGGAGCCAUCGCCACUUUUCCAGCACCACCCGUGUAUCCCCCCAUCCCCCGAGCCCCACCACUGCAGAGGCUCCUUACACCCCACCCCCAGGAGCCCACUUCCCUGCUCCCCAAGUAUUUAUAAGGAUGGAGGACUUUCUACUUCCGUCCCGCGGGCGCUCCCACACGCAGGGGGUCAGACUCGGUGUCAGUCUGAGCAGGGUGGCCUCUGUGCACCCCACCCAGUCACCCAGCCUCCCAGCCCCAGGGAGCAGCGCGCUUGGCCAGGCCGCAGCUGCUCUGUGGCAGGUUUUGGUUUGUAAAAGCAGACUGACCCCUGGUGGUCACCAUUCCACCGCCCCUGCCCCUGAGUGGGCCACACUCAGGGCAGGGUAGAUGCUUAUGUGAGAGGAAAAAGGACCUACUGAAUUGAUUUGAGCAAAAACAAUUUCUGAAGAAAAAACAAAAAACUUUUUUUUGCUCUCUGUGGGAAAUAGGUAUAAAUCUCAUGCUGUAUUUUAUAUCUUAGUUGUGUUUGAAAACAUUUUGAUUUUUGGAGACACGUCAAAAUAAAUAAUGGCAUUUGUUGUA